AUGCCCGCAGUCAUUCCCCCCAAGGUAGAUGAAGCUGUGCGACAAUACAAAUACGUCCCUUACAUUUCGGUCACACCGGCAGCCCGUCUUCAUGCCUUUCGCAACAGCGAAGAAGCCUUUUCGUUUAACCCCCAAGGCAUUCUUAUGGCCAAAGGUUUAGACCGCAGUAGGGAACGAACUAUCAGAUUCCAUGAGUGGUUAACAGCUUCCAGAAUCGUGGAGGAGCGUAGAGCUCGUCUUCAUUGCUUUCGAUGUGGGCACUCCGGUCACCUGCCUGGAGACUGCAGUGCCGAAUCCACCUCCGCAGGCAAAUCACUUGCGCCGCUCGCAACAUCAGCGAAGAGCCGUCACGCUCUCACAGCGCCCAAUGGAAAACACUUCUGCUUCAACUGGGCCAAGUCCGCUGCCUCAGAGCUAAUUCUUUCCUUACCACCUGGCUGCUUAGCAGCGACGUUCGACAUAUCGGCAGCAUACCGCAUCACCCCCGUUCGACCUUGCCAGCAGAACUCCUUGUGUGUGUUUUGGCGAGGAGUGGUGUAUGUGGACAGAGCC